ACAAAGAUGGCGAAGAGAAAACGUGUUCGCGAGUCUUCACACGUGGGUAAUGUUAAAAGUAAAGCUGUCGAAGACACGGUUGUGCUUCCACCUGUGAUAUCCUCAGAUGAGCCACCCAAGAAACAGCCGAAGUGGACGAACAGGGAGCGAGUUUUAGUGUUUAGUUCCCGGGGAAUAUCCCACAGAACUCGGUACUUGAUGAAUGAUUUACGAACAUUAAUGGCCCACAGCAAACAAGAGUCUAAAAUGGACAGAAAAGAUCAGUUGUUUGUAAUCAACGAGAUUUGUGAAAUGAAGAAUUGCAGCAAAUGUGUUUUCUUUGAAGCUAAAAAGAAAAAAGAUCUGUAUAUGUGGGUGUCGAAUUGUCCAGAAGGCCCAUCAGCAAAGUUUCUAGUAGAAAAUGUACACACCAUGAUGGAACUGAAAAUGACUGGGAACUGCCUGAAGGGAUCCAGACCAUUGCUGUCAUUUGACCCAAUGUUUGAUAAUGAAGCCCACUGGUCACUGUUAAAGGAACUCUUCACACAGACCUUUGGAACACCAAACUUUCAUCCAAAAAGUCAGCCAUUCUUUGAUCAUGUGUUCACCUUUUCCAUAGUAGACAAUAGGAUCUGGUUCAGGAACUACCAGAUAAUGGAGGAGGAUGGCUCCCUGGCAGAGAUCGGUCCGAGGUUUGUGUUGAAUCCAAUAAAAGUUUUUGGAGGAAGUUUUGGUGGCCCUACGCUGUAUGAAAAUCCUAAAUACCGUUCUCCCAAUGAGUUGCGGAGGGAAUUGCACAAAAAGUUUGCCCAUAAGUAUGUAUCUAGAGUUCAGGCCAAGAAGUCAUUAGAGGAGAGGAAACCAGACGAGCCAUACAAACGUGAUCCCACAGACGAUGUCUUCCUCACAAUCAGACCAGAAGAUGCUACAGGCAAAGCAAAAAACACCUACCACAGACACUCAUAGUAAAAAUUUAAAUACAGACUAUAUCAUAAAUGAUAUCCUUGUGAUAUGAUCAACUUAUUUUGGAGAUCAGUAUCACCUUCGAUGUAUUGGAGGGAGGACUCCAGAUAUCAGUAUCAUCUUUGAUGUGUUGGAGGGAGGACUCCAGAUAUUGGUAUCACCUUCGAUGUAUUGGAGGGAGGACUCCAGAGAUCGGUAUCACCUUUGAUGUAUUGGAGGGAAGACUUCAGAUAUCUGUAUCACCUUCGAUGUAUUGGAGGGAGGAAUCCAGAUAUCUGUAUCACCUUCAAUGUAUUGGAGGGAGAACUCCAGAUAUUGGUAUCACCUUCGAUGUGUUGGAAGGAGAACUCCAGAUAUUGGUAUCACCUUCGAUGUAUUGGAGGGAGAACUCCAGAUAUCGGUAUCACCUUUGAUGUGAUGGAGGGAAGACUUCAGAGAUCGCUAUCACCUUCAAUGUGUUGGACAACUUAGGAGGUCCAUUCUUAAUGUUGUGUCUGAUUCACAUUACCUUUCGUACAUUUAACAUCAAUAAACAAUCAUCCUUAGUGUUGAAUAAUAUCUCAGAGAGACGAGUUACAGUAUUGCAGAUUUAUCAACAAAAUAUUUUGUUAUUGACUUGAGGAAUAAGGCUGAGCUCUAUUGCUGGGCCAAUAUUUUUCACAAAGAUAGACUUCAAGAGUUCUUCAUUGUGAAGUUUUCCUGCAAGAUAGGAACUACCAUUUUUGUGAUGAAAAUAUUGUAUGAUUGGGUGCUACUUUCUUUCAGAUUAUGUAAAGAUUGUCCAUGUAUAUUUGCAUGGAUACAACACAGGAAAUGUAGAUCCAAGCUCAUAGUGUUAGUUUCUAUUGUAUGAAUUUGUUUUCAAAAUCUAAACAUCAGCAUAUUUCUUAAAAGACUUUAGGUCUGUAUGAUAUAAAUAAUAACAUUAGAAAGAGCUUAGAGUUACAGAGACAAUGAACAUUUGAUUGAGCUUUCUUGGAAAGCAACUGUUUUUGGCAUUCGUGACUUUAUCAAAUGACAUGUAUUGUUUUACAGGAAUAUGUUGAUACAUUGUAUUACCUAAUAAAAAAUGAUAUAAAUUUCUGUAUAGCG